CAGUCUGGUGCACCCUCACAGCCUACAGCAGCAGCACAACACACACUCACACACACACACUCACACUCCCCCUGCAACCUGUCUGCUGAGGAGGAUCUGUGGAUUUUACUGUUUCUUCUAGUAUGGACUCCUAAAUCUGGAAUUAAAUCACGGAGCGGCUGUUUUUGGACACAGUUUUGCGGUUUUCAGGCUGAUUCUGAAGAGCACAGGCUUCUCCUGUGAUCACCAGACCACCCUCCUGUGUUUGCUGCCAAAAUGCUACCCCACCUUCUGCACCACCUCCGCUGCCUGGCAGUGACCCGCAAGUAGACCCCCGGCUGGGGGGCUGUCCAGGUUCUGGUUAAAAUGUCUGCGUGCAGUGAGUUUGCAGAGCACGUGUGGAAACCCGGCUCAUGCAAGAACUGCUUCCACCCGCGCAGCGCCCACACGCAGUCUGAGACGACCUGCCGAAACUCCUGCGCCAGGACCAGUGUGGGGGCCGACGAUGAGGAUGGGGGUGCUUCGCCCUCCCCCUACAGCAAGCCCACCAUCGCCGUCCGGCCGACCAUGAUGAGCACGGAAGCUAUCGAGACCCCCACAGAUAUCAACAUGAACUCUGAACAGGAGAACCAGAAGAGCCCUGUUGGACUGAAGAAGAUUCUGGACCUGGCUCCUUUGUACAUAGACAGCAAUGGCUGCAGCAAGGCGCUGCGAGAGGCAGUGCUACAGAACGGCAUCUCUGGAAAGCUGGACUAUUCUAGCAGGUUUUCCCCCAGCGCACUUUCGCCCACUGGCUUUUCCAAAGACUCCCUCAUAACCAGCAGUGUCUUUGUGACGCAAGAUGAUGGCUGCGGUCCUCACAGUCUGAAAGAGAAUGGGAACAGUGACCCCUAUAGGCCACAAGUGGCUAAAAUGUCCAAGAGCACUUAUACGGGUACCCGAGAUUUCAUUCUUCCCAAUAAUGCACAGAGAAAACUUUCAGGAACCUCCGACACAGUUGCAACAUUGGGUUCUCCUAUAAAGGAUGCACAGGCACCUCUCGGGACUGUGGCCAUAACGAGCAUGCCCGGAAGUGGUGUGAACUGUGCAAAAAAAGAUGUUGUUUCAAGCACUUUGUCGUCCCCUGCAGCGACUCCAGAUUCUCAGAAUGUCAGCUUGUCUGACUCGUGUUCUUACCGCAGCAGCACGGACUCGCUGAAUGGACCGGAUGUUUUCCACCCUGAGAGUCCCUCUUCUGCAGGAUGUGCACAUGGACAAGGGGACAGUGAGCCGAUCUACGCUGAGAGCACAAAGCGUAAGCGGCGCCCACAGGCCUGCGGAAAGCCUCAGCAAGGGGACUCUGAUGUCAGUAACAACAUCGAGAGUCAGCGAGCGACUAUAACAGUAGUGGCGGCUCACACAGAAGAGAACAACCGGACUUUCUACCUGAGCAGCCCCGAUUCUGCUGUGAGCACCCAGUGGCUUCACUUCAGUCCCACAACACCGGAUGACCCCUCCAGCCCAGCCUUCAGUUGGCCAUCCUCACCAGCAACUUCAGAAAUUACUGCCGUAACCGCUUCACCUUCCAUCCAGACCAAACCUCAAUCCAGUCCACCUAUUCCCCCUAAACGGAACUCCAGAUCUCCAAAACUGGGCACCUCCAGCCUUUCCCCAGUUCCUCUUCCUGAGCUCAGUUUUCAUCUGAAUCUGGUGUCCAAGGAGGUAACCUCCAAACCACCUCAGGUAGACGCCCUUGCUAGUGCUCACCUGGAUCGGCGGCAGAAGAUCCAUAGCGCCUCCAGGAGCCUGGAGGGUCGUAUCGAUGAAGAGGAGGAGGAGUGGGAAGCCAAGCAGGGGCCUGCCCAGGAGGGAGGUCCUCGCGGCGGGUCUAGCAGUUCCAUCAAUGGUCCUGCUGUCUGGUGGUCGGAGGCGAGAGAAUGGAACCUUGCAGGGAAGAGUGAGGGCAACGCUACGCCAGGCACCAACAGCAACAAUAGCACCAGUCAGAAGCAGGCAGGCGUCCGAGCCCAAGAGGGCACACAGAGUGGCAGCAUGCUGACCAGAGCCAAUUCCAACCCAGUGCCGCUCACUACCUCUGCAGAGCUCGCUUCAACCGGAGCCAGCACUGAUCCCAAACCUCCUCCACCGCCUCCCAAAAAACACCACAGGGUGUGUGCUAAGCUGAGUGCAAGCAGUAUGGAGCUGGACCGGGUCAGCCAGCAGGGAUCAAUCGAGUCUCUUCCGCACUCCCUGCGAGGACUUCACAGCAACACAGCCUCAACAGACAGCCUGCAGGCACUCUCCGACAGUGGUGCUCAGGAUUCAACACUCCGCUCCUGCCCAUCUCCAUUCCCUAGCAGCCCCUUAGCAUCCUCCCCUAGUUCCCCACGUCCCAACCCAUUUCCUAGCAACAGCCUGGGCCGGCAACUCCAACCGCCCCCACUGCCAGAGAAGAAGCUGGUAAACCGCACUGUUUCUGCCCCAGGCGACCCCGGUAUCAGGGCAGUGGCCCGGGCUCGUCCACGGCUGCCAUUUGGUGGCUCAGAGAGCAACGUGAGCUGCAGUAACAGUGCUGGACCGUCCAGUCCUGUGGAGCCACGGCCUGUGUUGUCCUCCAGUGACUUGCUGGACAGCGCCAAUCGGCAGACCACCAAAGGCCAGGGGCGGCUGGGGGGUCACAGCCGGGGAAGUGUGACCUCCUGCUCUUCUCCACAGCUCAGCAUGCUGCCACCAUCCCACACUGCCACUCAUGGCGCGUCCAACAAUGCUAACCUGCUAGGCUCCACUCUGCAGCUCCACACCCUGCUGAGCAACAUGGACAGUCGUGAGUGUGUCUACUCAAAGCUGGGCGGACUGUAUGCAGAGUCGCUGCGGCGGUUGGCACUGAAGUGCGAGGAGCAUUUUACUCGAAGCCAGAAGGACCCAAUGCGCUUCGACGAGAGCAACUGGUCACUCUUUAAACUGACCUGCAACAGACCCAGCUGCCUGGCAGGUGAUGCUGUAUACUAUUCAGCUUCCUGCGCGUCAGAUGCUAACAACAUGUACGCUGUAAAGAUCUGUAAAGGCCAGACCACUGAUGCUAAGCAGGCACAUCUAUAUGGUCUGUCAGUUCAGCAGAACAUCCCCCCGCACUUCAACCUGCAGCAGGACUGCGGUCACUUCAUCGCCUGUGUCCCCCAAAGCAUGCUGCCUGGCGACGACUGUGGUCCCCCUGAGCAGGAGCGGGUAGUGGUCAUCACAAGGGAGGUGCCCCGACAGAGUGCGGCAGACUUUGUCAAAGAAUGGGAAUCAUUCCACCGGGCACAGCCGGAGGUUUACGAGCGGCGUGUGUGCUUCUUGCUCCUGCAGCUAUGCAAUGGCCUUGAACACCUAAAGGUCCAUGGUGUAACCCAUCGAGACCUCUGUCUGGAGAAUCUUCUGCUAGUACCCCACAGGCGCCUCCCACAUGCCUCUGAAUCGCCCUCUUCUGCAGACCCCCAGCAGCAGCGUCUGCCCCGCCUUCUUAUCAGCAACUUCUCCAAAGCCAAACAGCGAGGAGGCACAGGUGCUGAAGACGCUGCCCCUCGGGACCACGCCCGCCUGGCACCUGAGAUUGUCUCUGCAUCGCAGUACCGCAAAUUUGACGAGUUCCAGACUGGCAUCCUGAUCUACGAGCUGCUGCACCAGCCCAACCCAUUCGAGGUGACUCCAGCUCUACGUGAGCAGGACUACCAGGCUGAGGACUUACCACCCAUUCCUGCUGUUUCGAUCUAUUCGGCUGGGCUCCAGCGCCUCGCCCGUUUGCUGCUUCAGCCUGACCCCAUCAAGCGUAUCCAUAUCCAGGAGGCCAAACGUGGGCUGCAGAGCCUACUGUGGGGCCCAAGGAAGGAGCUUAUGGAGCAGCAGCAGCUGAGCCGAUCAGUCAUCGGGGGCUCGUCUGGGAUUGGGACUGGAAGCACUGAACAGCCUAGGCAGGAUGGCCUUCUGAACUGGCUGGAUGUGAAGAGGGCUCUGUUGAUGAUGAAGUUUGCUGAACGCUCGUUGGAGCCAGAAAGGAACGCCGAGCUGGAGGACUGGUUGUGCUGCCAGUAUUUCUCUACUGCACACCCGAUGUCUCUGUGCCACACUGCUGAACUUCUGUAUGCAAUUAAGGUGUCACACUGAAGACUUGUGUGGGAUACAAUUGCAAGUAUUAUAUCUGUGUAAAUGAUGUAUGUUGGGGUAACCAACCCUCCUCUUAUAGAUGUACCUUCCUGUAAAUUUUUAUUGGAAUCAUAGUCUGCUCAAGUUCAUAAUCAGUGUUUCUUAAAGACCUUUAUGAACUAGAUCAAUUCAUGGUUGUUACAGCUGAAAGACUGGACCAAAGUCCUAACCAAGGUUUAUAUUUUUGGUCCAGUUAGUUUAAGUAGAUCAUUUUGGGCUGCAUUUCACUAUACUUGACGUCGAUUGGUUUAUGGGAGGGUGUGCAUCAGACCUGGCUAUUUUGUCAAUUUGUCAAGUUGCCUUUGUUGUGCAAAAUUCUGCCUCAUUGUCAAAAUCUGACAACAUUUGAGUGCAAAUUUUGCGCAGCAGAAUGAGUAUAAACUUCCUGUAAUUGGUCCCCCAACAUCCUAAAACUCUAGGUCUAGAAGACCUAGACCACCUCUUUUGGUCCUUUUGUCCAGACUAUGGUCUGUAACACCUUUAAACUUCUUCUUUUUUUUUCUUCAAAAGUCCAGACCAAACAAGGUAGAUGUGAAAGCACAUCAAGACUAGGAUUCAAAUUGAACUAAGCAGGAAGGUAGAUUUUCAAAUAAGUUGAUGGUUGAUAUGGUUGAUACCUGAUGUGCGUUUUCUGUUUUACAAUUCCAUGCUUUGCGCUGUGGUAAAAGAUAUUGCGUAGACAUUCUAAUAUUUCCAGGAAGCAACAGAAGACAGCAGACUCCAACUGCCAACGAAUUUGUCAAAACUGACUUCUGCUUUUUCCAUUUUUGAACACUCGCCACUUCUGUCCAACAGUCAUCAGCUUGUUUUCAAACGGAGCAGACUUUAAAAGCACAUACUUACCAGUCUGGAUGACGGGAACUGUGACUCCGAGACUUAAGGACUCGCAUCAGCAUCUGUCUUUUAUUUAUUCUUUGUGUUAACAGUAACAAUGAACAAACACAAGGCAUCUGAAAAUAUUACACUCUUCUUCUUCGUUUUCUGUAUGAGUAAAAAUGGAAAUCCGUUCCCAAAAUAGUAUUCACCUUAGUUCUUUGUCGAUAAGACCAUAUAGGGGUGUUGCUUUGGGCUGUAUCUUUGCCAGUGUGCACACUAUGUCAAAGCGUGUUAUUUAUCUGCAACGACUCGAAGUUGCAGAAUGCUGUGGGAACUGUUUACUUAUUUAUUUCUUGGUUUGAGCGCUCUGCACUUACACUGGCAGUUAAAAAGAGUUGCUCAGAUCUUUAUAUGUCCUACAUUGAUGCUUAGCAACUGCACCGAUUGUGUUUGAAGGGAUCAGUCUCUCCUCUUUUGGUAGAUAACCAUAAAAACAUGAUUUAAUCUGCCAGCAAAACAGUGUGGGGUGCUGUACCACUUAUCAAGUAAUGGAAUGGGUUGGCAACACACCAAAUCAUCCAAUUUAGACCCUGUUGAGAACUUGUGGGACUGUAUUGGAAAACAGAGAAAAAAGAGGUAUAGGAGAUCUGACAGAAUAAAAGGAAGAA